GGGAGGGAAAGAAAGAGGAGGAGGAGGCGGAGGAUGGCGCUGCCAGCUUGCAUCAGGGUACGUGGCACUCGCUGUCCCUGCGGCCGGGAAGGAGGAGAAAGGGGAGGAGGUAGAGGAGGAGUUCUUUCUCUCCUCCCCCCGUCCCUUGCGCAGGAGGAUUCACUAGCCGACUAACAGCUAACAGCUCCGAGAGAGUCGGCUUGCAGAAUCGGGGGCCCUUCCUCUGCGGAGCCCCGAGCUAGCAAGGCACAUCGGCCUCACCCCCAGCCUUCUCCGUGACCGUUGCCAAAGAGCCGUCUCCGAAGAGCGUUAAGAGAGGGACACCAGUCCCUUGGACUACAAUUCCCAGAGGCGCUAUGCGGUUCCCGCAGGCGCAGGAGUUGCUGGCGCCAUCUUGAAAUCUGAUCCUCAAUCUCUGAGCUGGAACGUUAGUGGAGGCUGCUGCGCCGGCGAAGGCUACAUCGGCCCUGAGCGGAGGCGGUUGCGGUGGCUGCAGCUAGAAGAAGAAGAGAUCAGGUCGCUGUGCCCGUGGCUAGAUGGCCGAAGCCAGGAUGAUCGGUUCAGAAGGAGGCCGGCGCCGUGGUCGCUUGGCAUCCCCUUAAGUCUCCCGCCGGUGGACGGUGGGGUCUGUGAGGGGCGGGGACGCGCGCUCCCUGCCAGUGGUACCCAGAGCGGAGCGUGCGCGCGCACUCGCGGGAGGACGCGCCCAGGUAGAGGUACAGGUGUGUGCCAGCCGGGAGAGCGGGGCACACGGGCAUGGAAUGCAGGCGAUCGCGCCCCGAAGCCACCCCCAGUGAUUGACCGCCUCCCAUCCCACCUUAUCCCAUCCCAUUUUGCUCCAUCCUAACCCACCUGAUCCCAUCCCUUCUCAUCAUUUUUCACCCAUCCUCCCUUAUCACAUCUUUACUCCAUCCCACUCUACCUUAUUUUCAUCCCAUCCCAUACAAUCCCAGCACAGCCAGGAGAAAAGAUGAAGGAAAUCUGCAGGAUCUGUGCCCGAGAGCUUUGCGGCAACCAGCGUCGCUGGAUUUUCCACACCACCACAAAGCUCAACCUCCAGGUGCUCUUGUCCCACGUACUGGGAAAGGAUGUCUCUCGAGAUGGCAAAGGAGAGUUUGCCUGCAGCAAGUGCGCUUUCAUGCUGGACCGAAUCUAUCGCUUUGACACUGUCAUCGCCAGGAUUGAAGCCCUCUCCAUUGAACGCUUACAAAAACUGCUGCUUGAGAAGGAUCGCCUCAAAUUCUGCAUCGCCAGCAUGUACAGGAAGAAUAAUGACGACCCCAGCACUGAGGCCAAAGUGGGGAAUGGGACUGUGGAUAUUUCCAGUUUACCUGAUGUCAGAUAUUCUGCACUACUUCAGGAAGAUUUUGCAUACUCUGGGUUUGAGUCCUGGGCGGAAAAUGAGGACCAGACUCAAGACUUGCACAGCUGUCACACUUCUGAGGGCCCUGGAAACAGGCCCAGAAGGUGUAGAGGCUGUGCUGCUUUAAGGGUUGCUGAUUCUGACUAUGAAGCCAUUUGUAAGGUACCUCGAAAGGUGGCCAGAAGCAUCUCCGGUGGGCUUUCUACCAGGUGGUCCACCAGUAUAUGUACUGAAGAACCAGCCCUGUCAGAGGUUGGGCCAUCAGACUUACCAAGCACAAAGGUACAAACAGAUGGGGAAAGCAUGGAGGAGGGGACCCCUGGUUCUUCUGUGGAAUCUUUGGAUGCUCCUGUACAGGCCAGCCUUUCACAACAAAAAGAUGAGGAAACUGAGAGAAGCACUAAAGAACUCACAAAAUGUGAUUGCUGUUCAGAUGAUCAGACUACCCAGUACAUGUGUGGUCACAAGCUGGAACUAGCCCUUAGCAUGAUUAAAGGUUUUGACUAUAAGCCAAUCCAGAGUCCCCGAGGGAGCAAGCUUCCUAUACCAGUGAAAUCCAGUCCACCUGGAAAUAAGCUUGGCCAUCUCAUGGCAGAUGGAACUAGUCCCAGUUUCUUAAACAGGCCUGUGAAACCCCUUUCCAAGACACCUGUGGGCUAUUCCCUGGAGAUAUCUGACCUACAGGAGCUGUGGGAUGAUCUCUGUGAGGACUAUUUGCCACUCCGGUUCCAGAAUAUUAUUGAAGAGCCACUCCAACAACAGGAACCGAAUUCAGAUGAGGCCACCAUGACCCAACAAUGUGUGUCUGAUUCUCACUUGGCAGAACUUCAAGACAAAAUUGAGCAAUCAGAAACUGCCAACAAGAUUCUACAAGAGAAACUGAAUGAAAUGAGCUGUCAACUAAAAUCUGCCCAGGAAACAUCACAGAGGCACGAUUGUACCAUUCAGAACCUUAGUCAAUCUUUGAAAAGCAGGGAGAGCGAGACUGAAGAGCUGUACCAAGUAAUCGAAGGUCAGAACGAAACUAUGGCCAAGCUUCAAGGCAUGCUGCACCAAAGCCAGCUCGGACAGCUUCAGACCCCAGAAGAUGCCUCCCUAGCUCAGCAGCAGGUGGCCCUGCUGGAGCUCCAGAAUGCCUUGUUCUGCAGCCAGCUGGAGGUUCAGAAGUUUCAGAGAGCAGCACAGCGGAAGGAGCGGCUCCUGGAAGAUGCCAAGCGGAACCUUCAGUUCAUUGAGGCUGCAGCUCUGCAGGUGGAGCAGCAGAAGGAAGCUGCAUGGACGCACAAUCAGGAAUUGCGAAGAACACUGCAGCAGCUACAGGAAGAUUUGCGCAGUAGGACCAAGCAGCUUCACAUGCUGGAAAGCACAAAGUACCGCGAUUCCCAGGCCCAAGAGCAGAAGAUUCAGUGUCUGACCUACAACCUGCAUCAGAAAGACCAGCUUCUGCAGGAAUAUCGAGAACUCAUGCAACAUCAGAACAACUCUGAGAAAAGCCUUGAGGCCAAUGAAAUGAUGCUUGAGAAACUUCGACAUCGAAUCCAAGAUAGAGAUGUUGCUUUAGAGCGGGCCAUCGAUGAGAAAUUUUGUGCCUUAGAAGAAAAGGAAAAAGAGCUACAUCAACUUCAUCUUGCUGUAAGAGAACGAGACCAUGACUUAGAAAGACUCCGCUGUGUCUUAUCUUCUAAUGAAGCCACCAUUCAGAGUAUGGAGAGUCUUCUGCAGGCUAAAGGCUUAGAACUGGAACAGUUAUCAGUUACCUGCCAAAACCUUCAGUGGUUGGAAGAAGAAAUGAAGAAGAAAUUCAACCACUGGCAGAAGGAGCAAGAGGGCAUCAUCCAGCAGCUACAGACCUCUCUACAUGACAGAAACAAGGAAGUGGAGGAUCUUAGUGCAACAUUGCUUUGCAAGCUAGGACCAGGGCAGAGUGAAGUUACUGAAGAGUUGUGCCUGCGUUUACAGCGGAAAGAAAGGAUGCUGCAGGACCUUCUGAGUGACCGAAAUAAGCAGGCUCUGCAGCAUGAGAUAGAGAUUCAGGACCUGCUCCAGGCUAUGAGCACCAGGGAGAAGGAGAGCCAAGUGGCUGUGGGGAAGAUGGUGCAGGCCCUGAUGGAAAGAGGCACGGAGGUGCAGACCCUGCGCCAGAUCAUCGGAGGGAAAAACUUGCAAUCGAUUCAAGGAAACAUCAAAGACGAACCCACUUCAGUGACUGCCAAAGGCAAUGCCAGCACAACUGUGGCUCAGUCAGGAGUCAUGGAGACAACUGCAGAACUGGAAAAGGAACUGAUUCAUGCCAAAGAGGAACUUGAACUCAUAACAAGAAAAGAAAGAGAAAGUCGGAUGGAACUCUCUGCUCUCCAAUCUAUGGUUGCUGUGCAGGAGGAAGAGCUGCAGGUUCAAGCUGCUGACAUGGAGUCCCUCACCAGGAACAUGCAAAUAAAGGAAGAUCUAAUAAAGGACCUGCAGAUGCAGCUCGUGGAUCCUGAAGAUAUCCCAGCUGUCCAGCGUCUGACCCAAGAAGUCUUACUCCUUCGGGAAAAAGUAGCCUCAGCAGAAUCACAGGGUCAGGAAACAACAGAAAACCGCAGGCAUGAGUUGAUGCAGGUGUUGGAGGGGCUGGUGGAGGAGCGGAGCCGACUCAAUGAAGCCCUACAAGCAGAGAAACAUCUCUACAGCAACCUGGUGGAGUUCCACACACAUCGCAGCGGCUCUGAGCGAGACCAAGCCCUGCAGGUGGAGUUGGAAGGAGCCCAGGUGCUACGCAGCCGGCUAGAGGAGGCGCUCGGAAGAAGCCUGGAGCGUCUAAGCAGGCUGGAGACACUGGCUGCCUUUGGAGGCACAACUGUGGGUGAGGACACUGAGGAUGCUAGCACUGAGUUCACUGACAGUAUUGAAGAGGAAGCCACACACAGCAAUAUCCACCAGCAAUACGUCAAAGAGGCUUCAGGGAAAAGCCUAGGGACCGAGGAGCCCCAACAUUCUAGUCUUCCUCCUUCCCCAACCCAAGGAGAUAAAAACAGUGGCCUUCAGGAGGAAGUACUCUGCCUGAAGGUGGAGAUCCAACAGCACCUGGAACAGAAGAGAAAAGCCGAAGGGGAGCUGAAGGAUCUGAAAGCCCAGAUUGAGGAAGCAGGAUUCUCCUCUGUUUCCCAUAUCAGGAAUACCUUGCUGAGUCUGUGCUUGGAGAAUGCUGAGCUAAAGGAGCAGAUGGGAGAAGCAAUGUCUGAAGCAUGGGAAAUGGAGGAAGACAAGGAGAAGGAAGAAGGGCUGGUGGAGGAUGCCAGACAGGAUCUGAAAGAAGACAGCCUGUGUGCUGAGGUCAGAAAGCUGCACGGAAAGCUACGGAAUGCCAAUACCAUCAUUAACCUCCUCAAAGAACAACUAGCACUGAACAGCAAAGAAGGAGACAAUAAGUUGAAUCCACAGCUCAUCACCCGCCUGGCCAAGGAGAUCGACCAGCUGAAGGCGGAAGCUGUUUGGCCUCCUGGGAAGCAUCAAGAAGAUGAAGAGUCGAAGAGGUCCUAUUCCAGACCCCAGACCCUCGACGUUGUGUCUAUCCUUGAUUUACAAUCCAAGGAUAGUCACCAGGUAGACAUCCAAACUCAACUCAACAGCAGUGGGCCAUCAUCAGAAUCUAAUCUCCAGGGGCCAACUCACCAGCUCCGCUCCCAGUUGGAACAGUGUAGACAACGCUACCAAGACCUCCAAGAGAAACUGCUGGUGUCAGAAGCUACAGUCCAAGUCCAGGCCAACCAGCUAGAGCAAUACCGAGCCCUGUUUCGUGAGCCGGGGGUGAAACAGGACAGCAAGCAGAUACAGGUGGACCUCCAAGACUUGGGAUACGAGACAUGUGGCCGAAGUGAGAAUGAGGCUGAGCGAGAAGAAACCACCAGCCCUGAAUGCGAAGAACAUGAUGUCUUCAGUGAGGCCAGACUCAAUGAGGGACGACACUCUCAGUACAAUUUUCUGGGGUCAGCACUGACGAGUUCCCCUCUAAAGAGGCCAUUGGGAAAACAGAUGGAUUUCUUGGAAUAUGGAAAAUCAGAGGACAUUGCCGUCCUCCAGCAGCACAUCCGAGACCUGAAGGCAAGACUGCAGAAUUCAGACAAGGUUAUCCAGAAUCUCAAGUGCCGGGUGCGAUCUUUCUCUGUCACCAGUGACUACGCCUCUAGCCUGGAGAGGCCCCGAAAAAUGAAGCUCAGGGAUGGUGACCUCACAUCCUCCCCAUCCCACAGCCUCACGGAUGAGGAUGAAGGGUGGCAGUCUGACGGGAUGGGGGUCUUCUGCCCACCUGAGAUGCAGGCCAGAAAAGAUUUGGAGAAACUCAUCCAGAGGGUGUCCCUGUUGGAGGCCCAGCUUCCCAAAUCUCAGGUUGAAGGGAAGCUGGCAGAAGAGCUAAGAUCAGCUACCUGGCCAGGGAAAUACGACUCCUUGAUCCAGGCUCAGGCCCGAGAGCUGUCACACCUGCGCCAGAAGAUUCGGGAAGGGAGAGGUGUAUGCCAUAUCCUCAGCCAGCACCUCAGGGACACCGUUAAGUCUUUUGAGGACCUGCUUCGAGGCACGGACAUCGACUACUACCUGGGACAGAGCUUCCGGGAGCAGCUAGCUCAGGGGAGCCAGUUAGCAGAAAGACUCACCAACAAGCUCAACACCAAGGAUCGAGAGAAGAUGGAUGAUCAAUCAAGUCAUGAGCUACUGGCCCUCAGGCUCAGCAAAGAACUACAAGAGAAGGAGAAAGUGAUUGAAGCCCUGCAGUCCAAACUCAACGCUAGAUCCCUAACUCCCUCCAGCAGCCAUGCCCUCUCAGACUCCCAUCGAUCUCCCAGCAGCACCUCUUUCCUAUCAGAGGACAUGGAAGGCAGCUCAGAUAUGGAUGUGGCCAGCGAGUAUACCCAGUAUGAAGAUGACUGUGCAGACAAAGCUUCACCCAACCUCCCAGACUCCAUCCAUCAUUCGGGUAAAAGUGCAGCUCCUUCAUCUAACCCAUCCUCUACCACUACAUCCCAUGGGGCUAAGAAGGAAUCCAGCAGCAUCCCCGCAACCAUGCCAUCUUCUCAGAAACCCCCCAAGGAGGCCAGCCAGGCACAUACAGGCCUUUAUUUUAACUCCAUGCCCAAGCCGGUUGGCCUUCGCCAGCCUCCAUUUUCCUCAACCCCCUCCAUCUUUCUGCCUUUUGGCCCCCCUCCCCCUUCUGCUCCUCCCCUCCUUGGCUGCUGUGGAACAUCGGUGUUCUCCUUGGCAGAGGCUCAGCAGGAGUUGCAGAUGCUACAGAAGCAGUUGGGAGAAAGUAUCAGUCCUCCCACUCCUGCCAUGACAGCCCCAUUGCCUAGCAACCUUGCUGAAGUCGGUUCUCCCCACUGCCUGCACACCCCUCACCGUACUUCCCAGUCCCAUCCUCUGGGGAUCUCUGCAGAACUUUGCAGGUCAGCAGACUCAGGACUCGUCAGCAACAGUGGCCUUUGGGAACCGAUUAGACCUCAGAAGGGCAGUGCUUUGGGAGACCUGUCCUCAAACUCCUCAGUGUGCCAACCUCAAUCCAAACUUACAGGGGCUGAUUUGCUGGAGGAACAUCUCAGUGAGAUCCGGAACUUGCGCCAGCGACUUGAGGAAUCCAUCUGCAUCAAUGACCGCCUUCGAGAGCAGCUGGAGGACAGGAUCUCCUCUGCCACAAGGGCCAACGGCUCCUCCUCCAGCCUUUAUGUACCAGGUCUGGAGUCCAUGCCUCAGCUGUGCAAUGAGAACAGAAUCCUUCGGGAAGAAAACCAAAACCUGCAGGCUCAGCUGAGCCACCUCUCCAAAGAGCAUUCUAGGGAGCUGGAGCGUCUGAGGGAGGCUCUGCUGGCCUCCCGAACCCAACUUCAAGAGCUCAAGCUGGAGCUGGACAGACAGAAGGCAGAACGGCGACAGACAGCAGAGGACUUGAAGGAGAAGCAGCAGGAGAUCCUACAGUUCCGGGAGGAGCGACUCUCCCUUCAGGAAAAGAACAGCAGGCUCCAGCACAAAAUGAUCCUCCUUCAGCAGCAGUGCGAGGAGAACCAGCGGCUCUUCCAGUCUCUCCAGUCUGAGCUGCAAGUCUACGAAACGUUGUAUGGGAGCUCCAAGCAGGUGCUGAAGGCUUACAGCUGGGAUAUCUAUCGCCAAGGGCCUCUGAGCAGUGACUUGAGCACCCUUGUGGCGGAGGUUCGAGCCCUUCGAAGUCAACUAGAAUAUAGCAUCCAAGUGAACAAUUCCUUGAGGCAACAGCUGGAGCAGCAGCUGGAUGGCAGUUCUGGGAAAACCACCCUUGGUCCUUCCUGUGUGACCCAGGGUUUCCCAGCCACUAAUCCUGGGAACAAGUGGCAAUUCUUCCAAGAUUCAAUUUCUUCUCCUCCAGUUCGGGAUGUUGGCAUGAAUAUUCCAACUUCAAUCUUCUCCUCAGCCCCAUCCAGUGCUCUUGACCCAGAGCACUCCCCAUUCCAGAAAACAAAAGAACUGGGUUUGGAUGUGUCCCCGGGAAGGAAGAGCCCUCCUGUGCUGGAGGGGGAUGCUCCUGAUGGUUCAUUUGCCAACAAGCAUGGCCGCCAUGUGAUUGGCCACAUCGAUGACUAUAGCGCCCUGAAGCAGCAGAUUCUGGAGGGGAAAGUUCUGGUCCACAAGAUGGUGUCUCUCAUGCAGGUUACCCUUAACCCACCUGCCCUGGAAGCUCAAGGCACUGAGACUCUUGCCUCUGGAAGGAUCCACCAGCUUCGGGGCAGCACCAGCACACUGCACCAGAUUUUGGAGGAAUCUGCCUCUCUCCUCACCAUGUUCUGGAGAGCAGCCCUACCCAGUGCCCACAGCCGCCCUGCACAGCAGGGAAAAGUGGAGGAGUCGAUGAAAGGAGAAAUUCUAGAGCUGAAAACCAAAUUGUCCGAGCAAGAGAAUCUCCUGCAGAGUACUAAUGAACGCUUAAAGACAACCAACCGGCUGAAGGAGAGCAUGGAGCAGUUCAUCAUUAACCAAUUGACUAGGACACAUGAUGUUUUGAAGAAGGCAAGGACAAAUCUUGAGAAGAAUACUUCCAAGAUUAAUUCUAUAAAGCUUCAUCCCUCUCCUAGCAAAGGUUAGCUCCCAAAGAGUUCUGCCAUACACCCAAGUUAUGUGACCCCUGUCUUCUAGGAGCCAGGCAGAAAGCGAAGCCACCAGGGAUCCCUGAAGCAGCAGGACGGACAUGCCUGCCCUCAAAUUUUCCAAAUGCCUAAUCAUUGAGGAGCAUCCAGAUCCCAAUUUUGGAAGCGUACUGUGGGGUUCAGAGGACCUGGAAGCAGGAGGCAGAGUUACCUCGCUGGGGGUGCGUGGAAAUGAAGCGAUCCAACAAUUCAGUAUUAUUGCCAUUUUGGCAGGGCCCACCUGACUCUGGGCAAAAUGUAGAAACUUAGUUAUGGGUGUAGAACCUAAAAUGCUGCUUUUUAACUUAGCCUUGGGGCAUCUGGAUCUGAUCUCAAGAGAGUAGAAAGCCUAGCUGUCUGCUGCACAAGCUUCUCUCUUCAGUACCUAUCCUUUAAAUGAGUAAACUCAGGGGAAAUACAGCCAUUCUCCCCAUGAAUGGGUAGCAGCAUGGCCCACAGACAUUGGACUAAUUCCUUAGGGAAGCUCACAGCUCAGUGCCACUCUAAAAAAAGUGUAUUUUUACAACAUGCAUGAGCAGUUGCAAAGGAUGGUUGAAGGACUGACCUCAUCCCCUGGUGCUCACCAUUCACAAGUCUUCCUUUGCCUGGUGUGGCCUCUUUUGGAUCAUUCAUGAGGGAUGGAUCCAUGGGAAAAUGACAUGAAAGGAAUAUCCAGAAUUUAAGUUUCUCACCUGGAAGGAUCACCACAGUGAUUUGUCUACUUUUGCUCUGGCAGAGGAAAAAUGAGACCUUGAGAGAUUAAGCCAGAUUGUACCCUUCACCUUGGAACAGUGACCCGAUGAAGCAAUUGAAUUCCUGGACUGUUUGUUUCUUACCUUCCAUAUCUGAUGAUUUUUUCCUCUAUUUUGUGAUAUCCAAGUUUCACUUGACUUGGUUUAUGCAACAGAAUGGUUUUAACUUACUGUUCCCUUGGUUUAAUCCACAUUUCUCCCUCUAGAGAACCAGGAAUAGCUGACCAGACUCUUUCCAGUGGCAUGGCUCCACAAUCAGAGAACAAUGCCCAUUCUUAAGUGGAAUGCAAGAAGACCCACACUGUGGUUGAAGCCAUCGUUAUCUGUGGCAUCCCAGUGCUUGUAGGAUAUGUGUGUGUAUAUAUGCUGCCACAGUAAUGUUUUAAGACAGCUGGGGAUGGAGGAGGGCAGUGGCAGGAGGGAGAUGUCCCAUUCUUCUUACUAGGCUGUCUUGCAUCCAAGGGGAGCACAGACUGUGUGUAAGAAAUAAAAAUUUUUUCUUCACUGA